AAAAGACGCUCGGCGCGGACGGACGGUAGAAGAGCGGCUGACAGCGGAGGGAGAGCAACCGCGGUCGACCUUAGUUUUAUAGCGUUGUUCUCUUGGAGAAGCGAGCCAGAGGCGUCCGUGCGGUGUCAGGGAGAGACUCGGUGCGGUAAACGUCCAGGUGUGGUGGUAUACUUUCCUCGUAAGCCGUCUGUUAAAGCUUGCGCUGUCCCGGGAGAAGGACGCACCUCGAUAAUGCCUCCCAUUGACAAUGACCCCGGGAAGAAAGAACUGAAGUCUCGGAUACAGCAGCUUAUCGACUCCCACCAAGUGAUGGUCUUCAGCAAAAGCUACUGUCCGUACUGCGUCACGGUGAAAGACCUGUUCAAAGAGUUGAAAGUGGAUUGUAACGUAGUGGAGCUGGAUCUCAUCGAGGAUGGAACCAACUACCAGGACAUGCUGCUCGAGAUGACUGGACAGAAAAGCGUCCCGAAUGUCUUCAUCAACAAGAUGCACGUCGGCGGCUGUGACAAAACGCUGCAGGCUCAUGAAGACGGCAGCCUGAAGCAGCUGCUGAGCGGAGACGAGGCCUACGAGUACGACCUGAUCGUCAUCGGAGGGGGAUCUGGGGGGCUGGCCUGCUCAAAGGAAGCUGCAAUGUUGGGGAAGAAGGUCAUGGUGCUGGACUAUGUCGUGCCCACACCAAAGGGAACCACCUGGGGUCUUGGCGGAACCUGCGUUAACGUGGGCUGCAUUCCCAAGAAGCUGAUGCACCAGACGGCCGUGCUGGGCACCACCCUGCAGGACUCCCGCAAGUUCGGCUGGGAGUUCAGCGAGACAGUGACGCACAACUGGGACACAAUGAAGACUGCAGUGAACAACUACAUCGGCUCCCUAAAUUGGGGCUACAGGGUGGCGCUGAGGGACAAGAACGUCAACUAUGUCAACGCCUACGCAGAGUUCAUUGAACCGCACAAAAUCAAGGCGACCAACAAACGAGGGAAGGAGACGUUUCACACAGCCGCUAAGUUCAUCCUGGCUACGGGCGAGCGGCCGCGCUACCUCGGCAUCCCUGGAGACAAGGAGUACUGCAUCACCAGCGACGACCUCUUCUCGCUGCCCCACUGCCCGGGAAAGACCCUGGUGAUCGGGGCGUCGUACGUGGCGCUGGAGUGUGGCGGCUUCCUCGCCGGCCUGGGUCUCGACGUCACAGUCAUGGUCCGCUCCAUCCUGCUGAGGGGCUUCGACCAGGACAUGGCCAACCGCGCCGGGGAGCACAUGGAGGAGCACGGAGUCAAGUUCCUCCGCAAAUACGUCCCGGUGAAGGUAGAAGAGCUGGAAGCAGGAACUCCCGGCAGGCUGAAGGUUACAUCCAAGUCCACAGAGACUGAUGAGGUCAUCGAGGGGGAGUACAACACGGUGCUGAUAGCAGUGGGCCGAGACGCCUGCACAGACAAGGUCGGCCUGGACAAGAUCGGGGUCAAAGUCAAUCCCAAGAAUGGGAAGAUCCCGGUGAACGAUGAGGAGCAGACCAACGUGCCCCACGUCUACGCCAUCGGAGACAUUCUGGAGGGAAAGUGGGAGCUGACUCCUGUGGCCAUCCAGGCCGGCAAGCUGCUGGCACGACGCCUCUACAAGGGAGCAACGCUCAAGUGCGACUACGUCAACGUUCCCACCACCGUCUUCACCCCGCUGGAGUACGGCUCCUGUGGUCUGUCAGAGGAGAGGGCCACCGAGCUCUACGGAGAGGAUCACAUUGAGGUGUACCACAGUCUGUUCUGGCCCCUGGAGUUCACUGUGCCCGGCAGAGACAACAACCGCUGCUACGCCAAGCUCAUCUGCAACAAGCUGGACAACGAUCGGGUCAUCGGGUUCCACUACCUUGGGCCCAAUGCCGGAGAGGUUACGCAGGGCUUCGGCGUGGCCAUGAAAUGUGGCGCCACCAAGGAGCAGCUGGACGGCACCAUCGGCAUCCACCCGACGUGCGCUGAGGUCUUCACCACGCUGGACGUGACCAAGAGAUCCGGCGGAAACAUCACUCAGUCCGGCUGCUGAGGUUAAACCCUGCUCGUUUAGCGGGCUGCUCCCACGUUAAGACUCUCAGUCCACCUCUUUCGUCCCGCCUCCCCUCCCAGCUACGUGGGGGGGGACACAGACGCUGAGCUAGUGGUCUGAUGUGAGAGCAACCUGCUGAACAGCGGGGUUACUCUGCUGAUAUUAUUAUUUUGUUAUUUAUUUAUUUUCCCCUUUUUGGGCUCCACCACUGUGUUCUUGUUGAGGAGCACCAAACGCACAUCUGUGUGUGUUUGGGCUGUUUGUGACGUCCUGGCCCGUAACCUCAUCACUGAGGGGGGCGAGGAUCGAUGUCCCUCAGCAGGAGCGCCCGAUGGCGGCCCCAAACUCCCGCAGCGGUGGGACGGAUUCAAACUGGUAACUCAAGCGGGGGACGAGUGUCUUCUCUUGGAUAUGGUCUCUUCGUGGCCCCCGUUGCUCUUCUCACGAGGCCUCUCAGGACGGCGUGUUCUCGCACCAGGACUCGCCUGCCGUGUCGCCCUCAAGCGUUCAUCUAAACCAUUCUGCCGACGUCAGGAGCCGAGCGAAUCCUUCAAACCUCAAGUUCAAAUUUAAUCCAAACUUUCUACUGUAGAAAAAUAAUGACAUUUUCACAAGUUUCAACUAUUUAAAAUGAAUGAUCCGUUGUCCCAUCACUGCUGUAUGUGACUGGUAAACAUUCUAGAUAAUAUUAUUAUAUUCUUGUACUGUUCUCUACAGGUGAGCGACUUGUGUACAAAUGUCUUGUUUGUUGGGCGACUGUAGAUUACAUCUCAAGAUUUAAUAAAGGAUGAAUUCACCUUCA